AUGGCGCCUUCCAAGGAUCAGCUUAACGAGAUCGCCGCCCAGGCUCAGCUCGACAUGAACACCUACCAGUCCAAGACCGGCGCGGCCCGCCCAAUGGGCAACGACGACGCCGGCGUCUCCUCCGUGGUAGAGCGCCAGUUCCCCGGCGCCUCCGUCAGCGUCCAGGGCGACCCCACCAACAACGUCUCCUACAAGCCCGAGCAGCCCCCCAAGAACCCGGCCGAGAACGACGACGACGUCGUGCCGGCCAAGAAGAUCUCCUCGCUCGGCACCCAGGACCAGAAGGACGACAUCCUGCUCCAGGGCGAGGGUGCCGUGCGCAACAACGUCGGCACCAAGCCCCCCGGCCCCGGCGGCCAGAAGUACCCCGGCUCCGACUACUACAAGCCCGAGUCGGUGCCCGACAGCAUCUCGGCGGAGGGCUACGUCGCGCCCGAGAGCGUGACGCAGGCCUCUGCGGAGGCUGAGAACCCCGACAAGUUUGGCACCAGGUAA